AUGCUCAAAGUGUUUCCUCCUUAUAAAUGGGAUAGGUGUCACCCACCGCUCCGUUCUAUCGAUCUUUUCAAGAACGAGAGCCGCGCAUAUAAUCGAUUAAAGGCUCGAGGCUUUUGUGAACGGGGAUAUGUGCCUGAAUUCUAUGGCGUGGUUGAGAAUAUUGACCCCGAGGCGAAGGGCUGGCAAUCUGACCUCAAGAAAUUCUAUGAUCGAACUUUCCCUCGGGGUCUUGACCCCACCGCCCGUCCGAAUGGUGUCCUCAUGGAAGCUCGUAAACUCCACCAGCUCCUGAUCGAGAUUCAUGAGGCUGGGAUUGUACACCUUGCUCUCUAUCCCCGAAAUAUGCUGAUUCAGGGUGAUACUGAUCGGGUACUUUUGAUCGACUACGACUUGGCACAGAUAUUUGACCCAGAGCACCCAGAGCACCCCAGAUUCUUUACGCGGGAAAGAGAUUUGAUGGAUGACUUCGUGGAAGCGCUGGGCAGAGAUCAUAAUCUGGAGAAGUAUGAAGAGACGCGGACGAUGUAUUUCGAGUGA